AUGCCCUUAACUUACAAGAACACGAUACCUUGCGCCAUGAUUAAGGCUGAGCAGAUGAAAGGCCCAGUUUUGACCGAAGAUAGUGCUCUUGAGUUUCUUGCUAUAAAUGGACUCCCGGGCCCCUAUGUGUAUGUGACAGAGACGCUUGGCUUGUAUGCCGUCCAAGAGUUUUAUUCGGCGCUUGAAAUAACGGACUGUGUCAGCUUCUGGCUUUGUGCUUUCUCCUCCAGACCGGGUGUCGAGCCUGUCCUAUUCCAGGGCCGGGUUGACAGUCAGACUGUCACGCCGAGGGGAUCUAAUGGCUUUGCCUUCGAUCCAAUAUUCGAAGUUCAAGGGAGAAUACGGAGAGACGCUCAAACAAAGGCAUGUCAAGCUCGCAGCAAAAAUAAGGUGAUUUACCGAUGGACAACUAGAAUCAGUUGUCAGAAUUGCUCUGCAAGAGCUCAAGCAUUGUCUUAG